UUAAGGGCUCUUGCUCCUGAGACUGCAGUCACAAGCUCACACAAAGCCGUGGGGUCCAACGGUCGUUCUGCUUUUUCCAGGGGCUCCUGACAAAAGUGGAUGUCAUGCCCAGGUGCGUAACCUUCUAACAUGGAAGACGGAGGUCAGAAAGAAGUAAUCGACUUGAAUAGUUUCCGGAGCCAUCGAGGGAAAGAUAGGGUUAACCACCGAGACGAGGGACUCAUCACGAUAUCGGACUCCUCGGACGAAGACUUGCCUGUGAUGUUGGACACACCUGUUAACCUGCAGUGGGAAGACGAGGAUGAUGAAGACGUGGUCAUCUUGAUGGAGACAGCCACCAAGAAAUUCCUGCGGCCCAACGUCAUCAAGCCCGCCGCUCCCUGGCAAGUCAUUAACAAGACGGGGGAAGGAGGAUCUAGUGGCGACGUGGUGGCCCUCCCUCACAAAGACCAGAAGGCCAAAACCCCGACUUCUCCGAGGCUGCCGGGGACCCGCCGGAACGGCCUGAAGACGGGAAGUGCGAGAGCAAGCGCGAGCCAGACCGAGGUCUUGGAGUUACCCGAUUCUCCGGAUCCUGCAGACCCCGGGGACGUGAGGGGCACCGAGGCUGGGCCCAGCGUGGCUCAGAAGAGAGACGUUGUCCCGGAGGUCAUUAAUUUGGAGGAAGCGGGGGCCAAUCAGGACAACAACCCAGAAGGCGAACGAGAUCGGACACUCCCGCCACGGCCAGCCCCCAACCUGGGAAGGGUUUCCCACUGCGCCCAGCAGAACAUGCGGCUGGAUCAUCCGUACUUCCAGCCGGCGAAGAAGGAGGCACGAACUGGGGUCCACCCCCUUCCUUCUCAGCCAGCACCGUUGGAACGAGAGCUGGGGCCUUUGCCGAGGGUUUACCAAGGAGAGAUCCCCGGGCCGGCUUUCCCCAGGCCUGAGCCUCAGCAGGAUGGGAUCCCAGGGCCGGCGUCCCCUCAACUUGCUCACCCGCCGGAGGAAAAUGGAGGCCAGCCAGCGGCAAUAAACGAGCAGGCCGGGCCAGCGUUUCCAGUCCAAGGGUCGCUGGAUACCAGCACCAGUGAGCUUCCCAAGCAGACGGCGACCCUGCUGGACAAAGAUCUCUUUGUGCUACUCACCCGAGAAACGGAAGCCAGGUUUCCAGACGCAACGAGAGAGUACAUCGAAGAGCUGAUACAGAGCAAAAACUGCAGCGACUUAAACAUACUCUGUAAUUUUCUUCUGGAAAAUCCAGACUAUCCAAAGAAGGAACUCAGUAUGGUUUUAAAUCCAAAUAGCAGCCUGCUUUCCAGCCAAGACGAGACAAAGGCAAGUUGAAAUUUUCCUUCUC